AUGGCCGAUUCUCAACAAGACAUCCCCAAAGAGGUUGAAACGGGCACCUCCGUCCUGCCUUCCAUCCACCGGCAGCCACUGAUCACCGGCCAGUCCUACUCGCACUUCUCCCCCGUACCGCCGUCUCUCCUCCCACAAGACCCCUCGAAUCCCGCUUCGGCUGUCCCGUGCUGCCUCGGCGUCGACGAGGCCGGGCGCGGGCCCGUCCUCGGCCCCAUGGUCUACGGCGUCUUCUACCUGCCGAUCGCGCAGUCGGACGCGCUCCUGCGCUCGGCGCACCACUUUGACGACUCCAAGGUGCUGACGGCCGGCGUGCGCGCCUCGCUCAUGGCGACGCUCUGCGCACCCGGCUCCGACCUCCACGCGGCCUGCGGCUGGGCCACGGCGGCGCUCUCGGCGCGCGACAUUGGCGCCAACAUGCUGCAGCCCGUCGGCGCCUACAACCUCAACGCGCAGGCCAUGGACGCCACCGUCGACCUCAUCCGGGGUGUCUACGCGCGCGGCGUCAACGUCCAGGAGAUCUACGUCGACACCAUCGGCCCGCCCGCCACCUACCAAGCCAAGCUGCAGCGCAUCUUCCCCACCGCCAAGGUCACGGUCGCGAAAAAGGCCGACAGCCUGUACGCCUGCGUCAGCGCCGCCUCUGUCUGCGCCAAGGUGACACGCGACGUCGCUCUCGAGACCCUGUACGAGGACCGCAAGGACCCGGCAGACCACCAGGGGGACGAGGAUGACGGCGCCCCGGCCUGGGGUUCCGGGUAUCCCUCGGACGGGCGCUGCACCGGCUGGAUGCGCGGGAACCUGCAUCCCGUCUUCGGCUGGGGCCCCGAGUGCCGCUUCAGCUGGGGCACCGCCAAGGACAUGCUCGAGGCCAAGGGCAACGGCGUCAAAGUGGAGUGGCCGGUCGAUGACGAUGGCGAGACGAGUCGAGUGACUGACUUUUUUGUCUCGGGCGACCAGGACACGAAUGAGCUCGGGCACUGGUUUGGUACGCCGGCUGGCUUAGAGGCUUUUUAA